GUGCAGAGCCAUAGUGCCGGGCACCCUAUAGAACGGGGCUGGCAAGGGUGCCGUCUGGAUAGUUUAGGAGAAGGGAGGGUGAGUAGGGAGUGAGUAAGGGGUGCGUAAUAGGUCAGGGGUGGACGCGGACGAGCAGCUGGGGAUAUAUGGGGAAGGAAAUACUGCACGGACAAUUAUCAGGAUGAGGGAAGUCGUAUAGUGUAACAGACCCAGUAAGUGAAUAUGGAUUUGUGAGAGGACAAGGAGCAGGUGCAGAAGAGAAGAAGAGGCAGCGAAGGAAACUCACUGUGACUUAGUAUAACAUGAGGACACGUGGGGGCCGAAAACCGUGACCCAUCUGAGAAUGGAGGGGGAAGGAAGACGUGACUCAGUCCGCAGCGCCAUGAUUAAGAAGGGGGAGUCCCGGGGAAGCUCACGGAGGCGCAGACUCUUCUGGAAGCUCCGACAACGCUGGAAACUACUUGGUCUUUUCGAAAUCGAUAAGGAUCACGAGUUUUACCCGUUGACCUGUGAUCUGAAGGAAGGACUGAGAGAUGCCGUUCAGGAUACCAACCACACUGAGGCCUCGCAGCCAAUUCUAACAGAUGAAGAUUAUGGCGCUAAACUCACACAGGGCCACGAGGGUUAUGUCAUGAGAACCUACGCAGGGCCGGUGUUUAAGUAUUUUCGCCAGUCUCUGGGUAUAUCAGAGGAAAGUUACCAAAGAUCUCUCUCUUCCUGUGGCCUGUACCUACAAUUUAUUAGCAACUCAAAGAGUAAAGCAGACUUCUUCCUGACAAAUGACAAGCGGCUUUUCCUGAAGACUCAGAGUAAGAGAGAAGUUCACUUCCUUCUACAGAUUUUACGCAAAUACGUCCAACAUUUCCAGUCCUAUCCACACUCCCUGCUAGUGAAGAUAUUGGGUGCAUACAGUAUCACCAGAACCCAGGAGAAAAAGAAAUACUUUAUCAUCAUGCAGAGCGUCUUUUUUCCGGAUGAGAGGAUCACUGGCCGCUAUGAUAUUAAAGGAUGUCACGUGAGCCGCUGGACUGAGCCAGAGCUGGAGGGAAGUCGAGUCCUGCAAGUCUUUAAGGAUCUAAAUUUCGAAGGAAAUGUUAUUUGUUUGGACCAGCAACGUUCCUGGCUGAUUCGUCAGACUGAGCUGGACACUCGUUUCCUACAGGACCUCAAUGUUCUGGAUUACAGUCUUCUUGUUGGAUUCCAGACUCUACAUCAAGAUGAGAAAAACCAGAGCUGGUCUUUGGCCAACCUCAUUGUCCGCACUAAAAGGUCUGUAAACGGGACGGGUAGUCCUACAACAUCCCAGUGUGCUUCCAUUCCCGGCACUGUAGAGGAGGAAAGUGAAUCCACCGAAGAGGGGACGGAGUUUAGCGACACCCCGGACGUGACUUCGGGCCGACGCGUGCCCAUGAAAAAAAUCGGGCAGCAGUUCAGCACCGUGUCUGAUAUUUCGGAAGUCAUGGCUCAAAACCGUCGCCUUCUUCCGAAUUACAAGAACCCUCUGCACGUGAUGGACGGGCCGGAGAUGAGAUACUUCAUUGGAAUCAUUGACAUAUUCACGGUGUACGGCCUGAAGAAAAGACUAGAACACUUGUGGAAGAGUAUGCGAUACCACGGCCAGGAGUUUUCCACGGUCAGCCCCUCCCGUUACGCGCAGCGGUUGUGUCAUUGGGUGGAGACGCACACAGUGUAACCCGCCCGCCGAUUCUAUUCUCGGCCUUCGAGACGCCGCUUCACUGCAAAUGCCUUAAUAUUUAGGUCAAGAAAGACGUUAGGUAUGAAAGUUAUCGUGCUUGUAUCUGAUAUUGGUUAAAAAAAAAAAAAAUUGCAUGGCAAUUCUCAAUGCAAGAGCUUCUGCCAAAGUUAUCAUUAAAGGAGCUGUUCUCCAAAACCGCCAGCAGAGGGCGAGCUUCUUCCUUACUGUACGGGAUAGACUGCAUUUUACAGCCUGCUGUAAAACCCAAGGUUGCAAUUUAAUGAAUAUAUUUUACAUGAUUCCGGUUUACUUCUUCCAUGGGACACAAUGGAAGCAGACAUUAGUUUUAUAUUUGCCUACCCUCCUGGAUUGUCUCCCCGAAAUAGGAUCAGACCCCCCCCCCCCCCCCAAGGCAGAUCACCAAGGUGCUGUUUUAGUGUUUCCCAAAC